CCUUGCAGUUGUCACAAAUGAGGAUCAAGGCCUAUAAAGUCUGCUGUUGUGUCUCUAUCUUUUGUGGAAGUUGUCUUAUUCUUUUUGCUUUUAGAUCAACUAUAUUUGUUGGAAAAGUAUGGAAUUCCUUUAAUAUCCUUAAUCAAAAAUAUCAUGUGGAUAAAUCAAAAUAUGUUCAGAUGUCUCCAACACAGUUAAGGGAACAACGAAUGCAAAAAAGAGUUCAACAUUUAAGAUCAACAUGCAAAUUGGCGGACAUUAAUAGGUAUAACUUUGACUUUCGUCAAGUGUCUGAAAAUUUUUAUGGAAAUAAAGAAGCUAAUUUAUCCUACUGCAAAGUGCCAAAGGCUGGAAGUUCUUUCAUGACAGAAAUUUUCCUUGUUCUCGAAAAAGACAGAGUUCAGUCGGUUGAUGAAAUAUUUGAAAUAAGUCGGAGUCAUGUUCAUGUAAUUGGAAAUAGGAAACUAAGUACAUCUGCACUAAUUAAGACCAAACAGUCGAACUCAGUGACCUUGAUUGUCUCAAGGAAUCCUUACUCCAGAUUGUAUUCAGCGUAUGUGGACAAGUUCUACCUCUUCGGUCUUGUUAAAGAAGCUCGUGAAAUUUCAAAGAAAAGCGGGAAGAGAAGUUUGUCAUGCGGGUAUAAUGUAACAUUUACAGAAUUCCUUGAUUACGUAAUCAGCAAAGCAUACGGAGGCUAUCAAAUAAAUAGACACUGGGCGCCAGUUUAUUUACUGUGUCAUGCAUGUGAUGUCAGAUACGAUAUUGUGAGCAAAACUGAUUCUUUGUCUGCUGAUAUUGAGUAUGUGUUGGAUAACAUAAACAUUUCAUACGAAACACGAAACAAAUUGAUAAAAUUAAUCCACAAUAAAAUCGACAACAAGUCAGUGAUUAGUCUUUUAAACACAUACAUAACAUUAAAAUCGGAAACUAUGUCCAGAUUUCAUACAAUAUCUAUCAAAAAUUUGGAAUACACUGCAAAUUCAAGGAAAAUUGAAAUCAAAAGUACCAUUUCCGAGACAAGAGUUUUCAAGAUAUAUAGAUAAGAAGAUAAACACAGAUAAAAUUAUUAAAAUAAUGUUGGAGUAUGUGACAAAAUACAAACUGAGCUCAAAUGAAAAGAGACUUCAGAGAAGGCAAGCGCUAAUAGAAGCUUUCGAUCAUGUGAAAGAAUCAACUAUCGGUAAAUUACAGGAACUCUACAAAUUAGACUUUUUACUUUUUCAAUAUGACAAUUCACCACCCACAUAAACCAGAUGUAUGAAGAAACAUUACAGACGAGAGAAAGAGAGAGAG